UUUAAAUUCUUACGCUACCACUAAAAAAAAAAAAAGUAGUUCAAAUCUUCUCUCACGCUCCUCUUCUACCCCAGCACUUCGCCGGACUCCUCUUCUACUCCAGCACUUUGCUGGAGUUGACCUUCAGUAGCCAGUCUUUCGGUCCUUCUUUUCGGUACAGCCUAAAGCUAUUCUCCGGGAGUAAACAUGGCUGUAGAUAAGGAAUUCUCAAACUCCCACGAAUCCAAAAAUGAGUCAUCUCAUCCUGGAUCUAGACCUCCCAGGCUAUUCAUUAAAGAGAUGGUGAUGAGAAACUUCAAAUCUUAUGCGGGCGAACAGCGCGUUGGCCCAUUCCAUAAGAGCUUUUCUGCAGUUGUUGGUCCUAAUGGUAGUGGAAAGAGUAAUGUCAUCGACGCAAUGCUCUUCGUCUUCGGAAAGCGGGCCAAACAGAUGCGUCUAAACAAAGUGUCAGAGCUCAUCCACAAUUCAACUAACCACCAGAAUUUGGAUAGUGCUGGCGUGUCUGUUCAUUUUCAGGAGAUUAUUGAUUUGGAUGAUGAGACAUAUGAAGCUGUUCCUGGAAGUGAUUUUGUAAUUACACGUGUGGCAUUUCGAGAUAAUUCCUCUAAGUACUAUAUCAAUGACCGGACAAGUAACUUCACAGAGGUCACUAAGAUGCUGAAAGGGAAAGGGAUUGAUCUAGAUAACAACCGAUUUUUGAUUCUUCAGGGUGAGGUUGAACAAAUAUCACUGAUGAAACCUAGAGGACAAGGACCACAUGAUGAAGGCUUUCUUGAGUAUUUAGAGGAUAUUAUCGGAACCGAAAAAUACGUUGAGAAGAUUGAUGAAUCAUUCAAGCAGCUAGAAUCCCUCAAUGAAAGAAGGUCUGGUGUUGUUCAAAUGGUUAAGUUAGCUGAGAAAGAAAGAGAUAACUUGGAGGGAGUAAAAAAUGACGCAGAAGCCUACAUGCUUAAAGAAUUAUCACUUCUCAAAUGGCAAGAGAAAGCAACAAAAUUGGCUUUUGAAGAUAAUUCAACUCGAAUUACGGAGAUGCAGGCGAACAUUUCUAGACAAGAAGAGAACCUUAAAAGUGAAAGGGAGAAAAUUAAGGAAAAUAGCAAGGCAUUGAAGGACCUUGAGUCAAAGCAUUCAAAGUUUCUGAAAAGACAAGAGGAGCUUGAUAACAGUCUAAGGCGCUGCAAGGAUGAGUUCAAGGAAUUUGAGAGGCAAGAUGUAAAGUAUCGAGAAGAUUUAAAUCACUUGAAGCAGAAGAUAAAGAAACUGACUGAUAAAAUUGAUAAGGAUUCUCGUAAAAUUGCUGACACAACUAAUGAGUGCGAGGAGUCUGCAAAUCUUAUUCCAAAAUUGGAGAAAGAUAUUCCAAGCUUGCAACAACUUUUGGUGGGUGAGGAGAAAUUUUUAGAGGAAAUAAAGGAGAAUUCUAAAGUUGAAACCGAGGCUUUCCGCAGUGAGCUUUCUGCUGUUCGAUCUGAAUUAGAGCCUUGGGAAAAGCACUUAAUUGAGCACAAGGGAAAGCUUGAAGUGGCAUCAACUGAAAGUAAACUUUUGAGUGAGAAGCAUGAGGCUGGUCGUGCUGCGUAUAUUGAAGCACAAGAGCAGAUUGUGGAAAUACAGAAACGAGUAGAGAUGAAAUCGGCAAGCACAAAAAACAUCGCCAAUGAGCUUGAGAAGCACAAGCUUAAAGCACUUGAGGCUCGAGCUGUUGAAAAGGAAUGCCUUCAAGAACAAGAAAGAUUGAUACCUCUAGAACAAGCUGCCAGACAAAAGCUUACUGAGCUUUCAUCUGUUAUGGAAUCUGAGAAGAGCCAGGGAUCUGUCCUAAAAGCAAUAAUGCAUGCUAAGGAGGCAAAUGUGAUAGAUGGCAUUUAUGGUCGAAUGGGUGACUUGGGUGCGAUUGAUGCAAAGUAUGAUGUUGCCAUAUCAACCGCAUGUGCUGGGCUUGAAUAUAUUGUUGUAGAAACUACAGAAGCAGCACAAGCUUGCGUGGAGCUUCUUCGAAGCAAAACCCUUGGUGUAGCAACUUUCAUGAUUUUGGAAAAACAAGCUCAUUAUUUGCCUAAAAUCAAAGAGAGAGUCAGAACGCCAGAAGGAGUCCCACGCCUUUUUGAUUUGGUUAAGGUCCGAGAUGAGAGGAUGAAACUAGCAUUUUUUGCGGCAUUAGGAAAUACAGUUGUUGCAGAAGAUAUUGAUCAGGCAUCACGUAUUGCCUAUGGUGGGGACAGAGAGUUUCGCCGUGUUGUAACACUUGAAGGUGCUCUUUUUGAAAAAUCUGGAACAAUGAGUGGUGGAGGGGGUAAACCUCGUGGUGGUAAAAUGGGCACAUCUAUCCGUGCUGCUAGUGUUUCACCAGAGGCUAUAUCUGCUGCUGAAAUAGAACUUUCACAGAUAGCCGAAAACUUGGAUAAUGUACGCCAAAGAAUUACUGAUGCUGUGAAGUGUUACCAGGCCUCAGAGAAGGCUCUUUCUCUUGGCGAGAUGGAAUUAGCCAAAUGCAAAAAAGAGAUUGACAGCCUGAAGUCCCAAUGUGAUGAUCUAAAAAAGCAACUGGAUUCCUUGAGAAGUGCAUCAGAACCUAGUAAGGAUGAAGUUAAUAGAUUGAAGGAACUCAAGAAAAUAAUUUCUGCUGAAGAAAAAGAAAUGGACAGGCUUACACAAGGUUCAAAACAGCUGAAAGAGAAGGCUUCAGAACUUCAGAAUAAAAUAGAGAAUGCAGGUGGCGAGCGAUUGAAAAAUCAAAAGGCAAAGGUUACUAAAAUACAAUCUGAUAUCGAUAAAAAGAGCACAGAGAUCAACCGUCGUAAGGUUCAGAUUGAAACAGGACAGAAAAUGAUUAAAAAACUGACAAAGGGGAUUGAGGAAUCAAACAAAGAGAAGGAAAGUCUACUUGCUGAGAAGGAGAAGUUACUUUCCAUCUUCAAAGAGGUCGAACAGAAAGCUUUUACUGUUCAGGAGGACUAUAAAAAGAUACAGGAGCUCAUUGAUCAGCACAAAGAUGCUCUGAAUGGUGCUAAAAAUGAAUAUGAAAAUUUGAAGAAGACUAUGGAUGAGAUGCGGUCAUCAGAGGUAGAUGCGGACUACAAGUUACAAGAUAUGAAGAAGGUUUAUAAAGACUUGGAACUCAAAGGGAAAGGAUACAAGAAAAAACUCGAUGAUUUGCAUAGUGCUCUGUCAAAGCAUAUUGAGCAAAUUCAAAAAGACUUGGUGGACCCGGAAAAGCUUCAGGCAACUCUAAGUGACGAAACUCUUGGUCAGACUUGUGAUCUUAAGACAGCUCUUGAGACAAUUUCACUUCUAGAGGCUCAACUGAAAGAGAUAAACCCAAAUCUUGACUCAAUUUCUGAGUAUCGGAAGAAAGUAUCUGUGUACAAUGAAAGAGUUCAAGAGCUUAAUUCUGUUACUCAAGAGCGUGAUGAUAUUAAAAAACAAUAUGAUGAGUGGAGAAAGAGAAGGUUGGAUGAGUUCAUGGAGGGCUUUAAUACCAUAUCUUUGAAGCUUAAAGAAAUGUAUCAGAUGAUCACUCUUGGAGGCGACGCAGAACUGGAAUUAGUGGAUUCUCUUGAUCCGUUUUCUGAAGGUGUUGUUUUCAGUGUUAGACCUCCAAAGAAAAGCUGGAAGAAUAUUGCUAACUUAUCAGGUGGUGAAAAGACCCUCAGCUCAUUGGCUCUUGUUUUUGCACUCCACCACUAUAAACCCACUCCACUUUAUGUGAUGGAUGAGAUUGAUGCUGCUUUGGAUUUUAAGAAUGUCUCAAUCGUGGGGCAUUAUGUCAAGGACAGAACUAAAGAUGCACAGUUCAUAAUCAUAAGCCUUAGAAACAAUAUGUUUGAGCUAGCAGAUAGGCUAGUUGGAAUCUACAAAACGGAUAACUGCACCAAGAGCAUUACUAUCAAUCCAGGAAGCUUUGUAGUUUCUCAGAAAGUUGCUUGAGGUUGUUUUAGAAUUUCUGAUCCCUUUCUUCUAUCUUCCCUGUGCUGACAAGAAUCUGGUUGAUUAACACCUUAAGCUAACAUGGUAAGUUCUGUAUUUUGUUGGAAAUCAUUGUAAUAUGUAUAUUUCAUCUAAUGAGUUACGGAAUACUUAUUGAUAUGAUUAAUGAAAGUUUGUGUUUGUAGUUAA